AUGUGCAGGCCGGCUGCUUCGGCGUCCCUGGCGCGUUCACGUCGGCGCGCACGCAAAGCUCACCGCGCCACCAUCAAUCUCAGCCUUUCCUGGCAAUGCAUCCGCGCCACCUCCAACGGUCCUGCACCUCGAAAAUUGUUCCGCAGGUUGAAUGAGGUUGAAAACUGGGGUCGGACGGCUCUCCAGAUGUCGGCGGGCUGGACCAAUUUCUCCGUGAGCAAUGGAAGCCACACUGGCGAGGAAGACGGCCCAUCGGUCGUCGGCGAAGAUCAGCCAGCCUGCGCGUCGUGCAAGAAGCGAAAGUUGCGGUGCUCAAAGGAGAUACCAGUCUGCUCGCAUUGUCUGAGGUUAUCAACGAAAUGCGUGUAUAAUCCAAAGCAGAAGCCGGGAUUGAAACCUGGGGCUGUUGAGGCCUUAACGCGUCGUGUCGCUUUUCUGGAGCAGAUUCUGCUGGAUGAGUCUGGGAAUCUACGACCACGGUACAAAGACGAACCAGAACAGCGAGGCGAUAGCGACUCCCCUCAGAAUGAAUCACGUUCCACUGAGGAAGUCGCAGCCCCGACAGGUCAAACUCAUGAGGACGUACCGGCUAUUCCUCACGAACAGCCGCCUGUCAAUGCCUCCACACACGGGAACGGAAGAACGACAAACCCAUUGAAGCGCAAACACGAUGAGCCAGAAGCUAAACGCUGGUUGUUUGCCACUGCGGAAGUCGACCUUGCUCAGCAUUUGCCGCCUCAAGCUGUGCUCUUGAGAGUCGUCGACUUCUUCACAACAUCUUUUCAUCACUGGAUCCCGUAUCUGCACAAGCAAAGACUCCAAAAUAAGGUCAGCGAAGGCAUCUGCAGCAAUGGCUUGUUACUCGUUCUGCAUGCCCUGCUCGCAGUGGCGUUACGACACAUGGACCCCAAUGACCUCUUCAUGGACAAUGAUCAAAUCCAACGGCAGUCUAGCGUCUCCCGGAUCAUUGUUGAGACCCACGCGAUCAGAUCGGUGUCUGUGGAAAGCCUGCAAGCACUCAUCUUCAUCGUUUUUGAUUAUAUUAACAUCCUGCAGCUCAGUGACGGCCAAAAUCAUCGCGCGUGGCCACUUAUUGGCAGCCUUACAAGAACUAUUGGCUACCUCCAGCUGACAUCUGAGCCUUCCGCUGCAUCGCAAUCUGGCUCACUCAUGCGGCCUGUGCGGCUGGUGCAGCCAUCGAAUGAUUGGACGGAGCUCGAAGAACGCAGAAGGCUGUUCUGGAUAAUCUUCAUGCUCGACCGUUUCUGCUCUGUGACUACAGGGUGGGACACAAGCUUGACCUCUGAUGACGUCCAUAGACGAUUGCCAGCAGAUGGUGGCUACUUUACCCGCGAAGAACCCGUCAUUACACCGUACUUUGGUAUCUGGAACAAAGCGGCUGCACGAAUCGGUCGGUCCCUGGCGAACGUACCCGCUCCGUACAGCGAGGAGGACCCCACAUCCGAGCAGCCUCAAGGCGCCAGCCCCAACUCAGCCAACGGCUAUAUCGACGCGUCGAAACUAGGCGCCUUUGCGUAUUGUGUGGAAGCUACAGAAUCAUUGAGCCAAGUGACGACGUUCUUCUUGCAGCAAAGGAUCAACGCUCAGGAUAAAGAGCAUGCAGUCAGCUGGCUGACCCGUUUCAAGGAACUCGACUUAAGACUGGUACAAUGGAAAUUGUUUCUGCCGUCACGUUGGAAGGAUUCGAACAUCUCAGAGGACAGAACAGUGAUCAACAUGGAUCCGAAUCUUACCCUUGCGCACAUCACGCACAACACCUCGAUGAUCCUACUCCACCAUCCUAUCGCAUAUCCGGCAAAGAGCUGGAAUGACUACGUCGCACUGCCGAAAGAAUGCAGUGCACAGACAUGCGAGCUUGCUGCUAUCGAAACCUCGAAUAUUGUCAGUAAAUUUCUUACCUACACGCCGAUACCAUUCGUCAACGCUCAGUUUGCUUUCUGUGCAUUUGUAGCCGCCAAAACUCUUUUGUUCGAUCACCAUCGAGGCCCGCUACGACCUGAGUUUGGCCAACUAGUACGCGAUCUGUGGGAGAUGUCCAAACGAUGGGAGCACAGUGCAAGCAGCGACACAGAUGCACGACCUGUAAACCAAGCAGGAAUAUACGCACAUCACCUCGAGCGCCUCCAGGAAGCAAGUUCUCAGGAUCCGCAUUAUCGAUUCGACUUCUAUGACCAUACCUGCCAGUCAUUAGAGCCUCAACAGUAUGUCAGUCCCAUGAACGUUAUGACCCCAUUACAGAGGACGGGCAGCUUUGCACAAGAUCGGGCUCAUCUAGGCCACGUGAGGCAUCAGAGCCUGAACAACGUACAUACUGCGCUCAGCCCAAGACGAAGAACCUCACACACUACAAUACCUGCUACCGCUGGAGCUUCUCCAACAGAAUAUGCACAUCCCCAAUGCGGACGCCCUCCGAAUAUCGAUGCCAUGUCACCGAACGGUCUUGCAACCGCAGCUGCGACUCUCUACUCGAACGCUGCUCGUUCCAACAACGGUCAGAAUGUAUAUCAACUGGGCCAUGGCGUCGCUCCAAACUCUCACUUUGGUAGCAUACCUGGUGCACCGAACAAUCAGCAAGCUAUGCAAGAUCAAUCUCUACUGAACCUCUCCGAUACUUUUAUGGACUCUCAGUUUCUUGACAUGGAUCGCGUCAUCACCUUUGAAGAGGCAAACUUUUUCUUACCUGGAGACGCCUAUAGAUGGCAGUAA